ACCACCACGCGGUCAAACCUGAGACUACAAAAACGUCCACAACAGCCAUCUGUCUCCCUGCAUUUUGUCUCGCAACAAGGAAACAGCGGCAGACUCAAACACAGCAAACGUGACGACAACAAACAUAUCCAUUAAAAUGUCUGAAUCAAUACAAACAAGUCAAACAGGCACCGCAUCAACCGCCCUGCCAGCAGCUGCCAUUCAUGAGCAGAACGAGAGAUGAAUGAGGACGGGUCCUCUCCUCCAUCUCACAUCAUCACCACCAUCACCAUCAUCAGCAGCGCUGGUCACGUGGUGCGUCGGGAGCGGGCGGUGGGUGUGUCUAAACGCGUGUGGUUUCAUUCAUAACUACAGUCUUUAUUUGAAGCCCAAAUUAAAGUAUGCAGACGGGGAAGGCUGCUGCUGGACCGCCGCUUCACACAGAGUCUACAGCCGGGUGAGUCCGACCCGCGUCCCGCUCACACACCAGGACCAGGCUGAGAGCAGACGACGCAGAGAUGUGGGACAGCCCCGAUCGGCGGGUUUUCGGAGGAGAGAGGAAGAUGCUGCUGCUGCUGAUGCUGCUGAGGCUGCUGCUGCUGAGCGCCGCCGGCUGUACCGGGUCGCUGUAGUCAGCCUGCACAGCGCGGAGGGAAGCUGCCUCAACACCCGCCCGUAUAGACCGUAAGACACAGCACAUCUGGAGCACAUCAGCAUCCAGUCACACGUCAAGGGUGAUAUGCAGAUACCCCCCUCCUCCUCUUCCCUCCGUGUUGGCUACUAUGGUGCUUAAACACCACAAACAUCAUCACAGUCCACUGAUGGAAUGAGCGAGAAAGGUUCACUCACACUGACCUGGACCAUGAGCAAUGAUUUGCCUGUUCUGACAAGUCUGAAUGAGAACUCCACUGAUGUGCCUGUAUCUGCGGGCCAGGUGGAGAACUAUGUGCUGCUGUUGGUGCUGCUGAGUGUAUUUGCCGGGGGGACGCUGGUCCUGCUCUCCCUGCUGCUCCUCUUCUGUCACCGCUGCUGCAUGGGUGGACGACGUUACUCCAGAGCCAGCGAUGAUCUUGAGAAGACAAACACCACCUAUGCUGAGGAUUCUCAGCCCACCCAAGAGAUCACCAUUCAUCUGGAUGAAUCAGACGCUCUCUCAGCUUCGAGCUGUCACGAUGGAGAGUCAGAACGAUUUGUCUCCACUGGAUCUACUGGCCGCAGAGUCUCCUUCAAUGAAUCUGCCCUUUACGAAAAGGAGAAGACGACUCAGGACAAAGCACGCAGGUACACUCUGACUGAGGGAGACUUCCACCACCUGAAAAAGGCUCGGUUGACCCACCUUCACAUGCCUCCGGCCCCGUGUGAUCUGAAGAUCCUCACCAUCAUGGAGUGCGACUCCACAGAGAGCAGCACCGUCAACAUCAGUGAGUCGGCAGCUCCCAAACUGCCCCUCACCAUCUACCAGCCCACUGAGAGAAGAGUCCCUGACUGGAUGGGACAGAGCCUCAGCGGCGGUCUGCCAGGAGACCCGCACCACUCCACCAUCCUGGACCAGGGCCCCAGACAAGCCUUGUCAGCCAUGAAAAAACAGCACACGCGGUCCCAGACAAUGGAGGCUGUCGGUGACAGGGGAGAGGCUGAGAGUGAAAAGGGGAUGAGAGGAGAGUUGACUCAAGCUCCGGGCCAGACCUCAGUUCUACAUUUCUUUUCUAAACUGCGACGCCAUGCCAGUCUGGAGGGCGCAGGGCCUUACUUCCAGAGGUGGAAGUUUGACAGCAGUCACCGGGCUGCCAGCCUGGAUGCCAAAGGAUCCCCAAAAAGAAGGCCCUUCCAGAGGCAGAGAGCAGCAAGUGAAACCACUGAUCACACCGAAGACAACUCCUCUGUCCAAGAUGAGGUCAUUGAAUCUUUCCCACACACUCCCAUCCAGACCAGUGGCCUCCAGUCACUCUCUGCAGAGUCUCUGUCUCACCCUGCCACCACACCCACAUCCUCAGUCUUCCUCAGCAGGCUAAAACUGGAGGCCAUGGUGGAGGUAGGUGGUGGCAACAGCACCAGAAGAGCAGAUCUCUGUUCGCCGACAAAUGAUAGUCACGCCCAGAGGAAAGAGCAGGCCACACCCAAUGGAACAGGAGCAGAAAAAGGAAAAAAGUUUGGCGCAGUUAUGAGGAAAGAAGCAGCGGGAGUCGAGCUAGAACUGGUAGACGAUGACGACUUGUUUGGGGCACAACAAGAAUCUGGCGUACAGGAAAGGUUUGAAGAAAUGUCAAGGAAAACUAAAGACACAAAGACAGACCACAUGACAUCAGAUGUGAGGAAAAAGAGCGAGACAGAAGUAGAUGAUGGAGAUGAGGUGGUGUUGGGAGCUGAGGCCAGAGGAAGGGCCGACUCAGGUUCGUCUCUUUCCUUCUUGAUUCGCCAGGAGAGCUCAGAAGCUCCUCCCUCCCUGUACAGAGACAUUUGGAGCUUACGAGCCUCCCUGGAGCAAUAUGCUUCCUCAGACCAGAGCAGCACAGAUCGGGAGUCCAUCCGCAGUGAUGCCGACAGCGUAUCAUCCCUCGGUGGUGCAGGAGCUCGCUCUGGCCUAGACAGCUGCCUGUCUCAAGACUUGGACGAUGAGCCUGAAGGAGAAGGGGACGGAGAGGUGCUGGAGGGAGGAAUCAAAGGGGCAUCAGGUGGGGACAGUGAGAUGGGAAGUGGAGCUCUAGGAGAAAGUGAAGCAGGGAACCGUAAGCUCCUCCAAAUGGACAGUGGCUACGCCUCCAUUGAAGCACCACCCAGGGCCCCUGAGGAGAUGCGCCUUUUUGGGACUCCUGGAGCUCCUCGAGGGAAGACGGCGACCGAAAGAAGGUUGUUCUUCACUAGCUCUGGGAGAAAAGGUUCAGUGUGCGAGAGCAUUGAGGCCAAGCUGUUUCAGGAAGAGCUGGAGGAUGAGAUGGCCGACAGCACAGAGACAGAGGAGAAACUAAAGGAGAGAUCUCAAACUGGCAGCCAGGCUCUUACCCUUCAAGAACCAUAUCAACUUCUGAAAUCCCUUCAUCCUCAGAAACCUCCAGAAUCACAACCACAGCUGAUGUCGCCACUGUUGAAGCCAGUCCCUCCACCCUCUAGUCCUCACCAACCACGUCUCCGUCGCCGUGACUACAGCAUUGAUGAGAAGACAGACGCUCUUUUCAAUGAGUUUCUCCGCCAUGAUCCACGGUUUGACCAGCAGGAUUCUCCGCUGCGCUCCAGGCACCGAUCCAGAGUUCACCUCCGCAAACAGUGGCAGAGGCACAAGCAGUACAGUGAUCCAGGGUCAGGGGCUGGAGGUAGGUACUCCCCAUCUUUGGAGAGGCAGAGGUUCACUCCGCUGCGUAGAGGUGACAGCGCCGGUUACCCUCUGGACACCAGGUAUCACAGCACACUCUCACGCAUUGCGAGUGCUGCCGAUGAAGAGGCCAGUGAGGUUGCAGCUUGUGAGGAAGCAGCCAAAGAGAGCACAGAGAACAAAGAUCCAUCAAGUGAAGGAGCUUCGGGGAACGCCACAGAAAGUAAAGCCAACGAAAAGUCUGAAGACACUGAAGCAACAAAGAGUUGCGGAGAGUCGACUGGUGAUGGUGAUGGCUGCCAAGUCUCUACAAAAAAGGACAAAGAAAGCACAACUAGCCAGUCUUUGACCACUGUGACUACACAGAAGAGCUACAUGGAUCCAAGAGUCGACAACAGAAACAACAACAGCAGUCAAGCUAUUCUAUCAGAGGUUUCCCUGCAGACAGAGAGCAGCCUGACAGACAAGCUGGUUGUGUCAGUGGAAGAGAGGCUCUACGGCGGCCUGCGCAGUGCAGAGAAACUCAGUCAGGGAGGAACGGAGCGCAUGCUUACCGUGUCUCACACAGCUGCACCUGGCUUCAGUCCCAUAUAACCUAUUAACAAUACCAUGUUCUUCAACACCUUUAUUUCAAAUCCAUUGUCUAUAGACGACAGACUUGGAACAUAAUGGUCUAUAGCACAAAUCAUAAUGUGUUCGCCGUGGUAAAUCUCAGUGUCCUUUAGAUUUGGACAAAUCUUCAUUAUAAACAUGGUCUGGUAACUUAUGCAUCAAAACACAAUAUUCUCAAAAGACAGAAUUACCUUCUCAAUGGCCAGUCUCUUCCAGCAUUUCCGUUCAGACCUUAAUUUCCACUGUGACACCAUGUGACAUGUGAUGGCCCUUUUUAUUGGUAACCGUUAAAAUCAAAUGGAUUCAUUGCGUUGCUUUGAAUAUAUCUUCUAGAAAAAAAACAUUUUCAGACUUAACUGUGAAUUUUCAGCAUGCUACUAUAUGUCCAAAUAAUGUGUAUGUGAAUACUGUACAGUUUUAACUUUAAAACAAAAAGCACUUUGAUGGGAAGAAAGAUAACGAUGGAGUUUCUGUCACCCGUUUCUCUCAUUUUAAAACCAUAUCGUCCUCAAGUGUCCUUCUUGUCUUGAUCACCAUGAGGGUAAACGUCUCCAUGAAAGCUUGUGAUUUCUGUAUUUGGCAAUAGGAAGAAUCACUGACCAUGUAAAUAACCCCAUUAUAAUUCUUCAGUGCUUGCAGCCCUCUCAUUAACACCAUGUCAGCAGAUCUGGAGAAUUACGCACACUAUAUCAUAAAUGUAAAAACAGAUGGGAUACCCAGACACCACAGCGAUUGAAAAUACGUUUACCAAGAAUUUUUAUACUCAUCUAUUUUUAUAGGAUUUUUGUUAGUCAUUUGUCUGUUAUUCAUCAUAAUUAAGGAGGUGGUAUCAAGGAGCUUCCGUGGGCUCGAGUGAGUGUUGUAUCACUGCUGGGACUCUGUUGAGGAGGAGACUGACAGAUGAUACUUUAAAGUGACUGACACAGGAGCCUCUCAGGCUUUUAGACAGAUGGUCCAGUGACAGAGAGUUUAGGCUGUGAAAGCGGAGGUUGAAACUGAAUAGCAGUGGUGCUGUCUGCUCCCAAAUCCCAGCAGAACGGGAUAUACUCACUCUGUAUUACUAAAUAAAAGAUCUGGUUCUAGUCUAUACUUUUGUCAACAAAUUCCAUGAAAAGACCAAAACUAUUAAUCCAUCCUAUGAAGAAUUACAUGUGUAGCCAAAGGCUGAUAUAGCUUAUUCCUCUGCACCAUGGAGCUCAAUUGAUGUCCAAAUAUGCACUAGAGCACAAAGUGUUAAUCCGUAGCAGAACAUAGUGCUCAAAAAUGCACAAUUUAUUCAAGUUUGUUAUGUUUGCUAAAAACAACAGUACCCAGCUCUUUUAGGAAACUCAACAUAAAACAAAGAGCAUAUAUUUGUGACCGUUUCUAAAUAAUUAAAUAAAGUUUAAUAGUUAAACAAA